AUGGCCGUAAAGGUGCCCCAAGAUUUCGACGACUCAAGCAUUGCUCUGGAAGCCGAUUCCCAAACAUGGCAUCCAUAUGAGUACCAGACCGAGAAUAACAAUUCUUGGGCAGGUGCCCUACCUGUGAAACAGGGUCUGUACGACCCAUCGCUGGAGAAGGAUGCUUGCGGUGUAGGCUUUGCCUGCCACAUCAAGGGCAAGGCGAGCCAUAAGAUUGUCAGUGAUGCGCGGAACCUUCUGUGCAACAUGACCCAUCGCGGUGCGGUGGGCUCCGACGCUCGAGACGGUGAUGGUGCGGGUGUGAUGACCUCAAUCCCCCACAAGUUCUUCAUCAAGAACUUCGAGAGGGAAGAAGGCAUCAAGCUGCCCCCGAUGGGGCAGUACGCAGUGGGCAACCUGUUCUUUAAGCCCGACGAAGAGACGCUGCAGGAGUCCAAGCGGCAAUUGGAAGAUAUUGCCGAGUCCUUGGGCCUCCGGGUGCUAGGCUGGCGGAAGCCCCCCGUCGACUCUUCGCUCCUGGGUCCUGCUGCUGCCUCGCGCGAACCCGUCAUCCUGCAGCCCUUUGUCGUGCUGCGGGCUGCAUACGGCGACGGCAACGAGCCCGAGCUGACCGACCCUGAGCAGUUUGACUUCAAGCUGUUCGAGCGUCAGCUCUAUGUGCUCCGGAAGAGAGCCACUCACACCAUCGGCAUCCAGAACUGGUUCUAUAUCUGCUCUUUGUCGAACAAGAAUAUCGUGUACAAAGGGCAAUUAGCGCCGGUUCAGGUUUACCAGUACUAUCAUGAUCUGGUGAACGCUGAUUACGAGGCGCACUUUGCCCUUGUGCACUCGCGCUUUUCCACCAACACCUUCCCCUCGUGGGAUCGCGCGCAGCCUCUGCGUUGGGCAGCCCACAAUGGUGAGAUCAACACCCUGCGCGGCAACAAGAACUGGAUGCGUGCCCGCGAAGGUGUCAUGCAGUCCGACAUCUUUGGCGACGAGCUGGAGAUGCUGUACCCCAUCGUCGAGGAUGGCGGUUCCGACUCGGCUGCCUUCGACAACGUCCUGGAACUGCUCACCAUCAACGGUGUCCUGUCUCUCCCCGAGGCCGUCAUGCUGAUGGUCCCCGAGGCAUGGCAAGGAAACAACCUGAUGGAUCCCAAGAAAGCCGCUUUCUAUGAGUGGGCUGCUUGCCAGAUGGAGCCGUGGGAUGGUCCAGCCCUGUUCACCUUUGCCGAUGGCCGCUUCUGCGGUGCCAACCUGGACCGCAACGGCCUCCGUCCUUGCCGUUUCUAUGUUAUGGACGACGACCGCAUCAUCUGCGCCUCGGAGGUCGGCACCAUCCCGGUUGACCCUGAGAGGAUCGUGCAGAAGGGUCGUCUGCAGCCUGGCCGCAUGCUCCUCGUCGACACACAGGCUGGUCGCAUCAUCGACGACAGCGAGCUCAAGGCCACUGUCGCGAGCCGGUUCGACUUCAGGAAGUGGCUGGACGAGAACCUCAUCUCCCUUCCUAAGGUCCUAGAGGAGGUAUCCCAAAAUCCGGAGCUCGACAUCAAGGCGAAGCCCGAUGAUUACAAGGUCCAGGAGGAUCCGCUGCUGCUGGCUUUCGGCUACACCUUUGAGCAGGUCACACUGCUGCUCGCCCCCAUGGCUCAGGACGAGAAGGAGGCCCUUGGUUCCAUGGGUAACGACGCUCCCCUGGCCUGCCUGUCGGAUGCGCCCAAGUUGCUGUACGAAUACUUCCGUCAGCUCUUCGCGCAGGUCACAAACCCUCCUAUCGACCCCAUCCGCGAGUCAAUUGUCAUGUCUCUGGAGUGCUACGUCGGUCCCCAGGGCAACCUGUUGGAGAUGGAUCCGUCCCAGUGUGGUCGCCUGCACCUCCCGAGCCCUAUCUUGUCGAUCGAAGAGUUUAACGCGCUCAAGAAUAUGUCGACCAUCUACCCCGAGUGGACGGUCAAGACUAUCGACCUCACCUUCCCCAAGAGCGAGGGCAUCGAGGGCUACAUCCGGCACCUGGACUACAUCUGCAACGAGGCGACGGCUGCCAUCGAGGCGCGCGACCGCAUCAUUGUGCUGUCCGACCGCAACACCAGCAAGGACCGUGUCGCCGUCUCGACUCUGCUGGCCGCGGGCAUGGUUCACCACCACCUCGUCGCUAACAAGUGGCGUGCCAUGGCUGCGCUGGUCGUCGAGACGGCCGAGGCCCGCGAGGUGCAUCACAUGUGCGUCCUGCUUGGCUAUGGUGUCGAUGCCAUCAACCCCUAUCUCGCGAUGGAGUGCAUCCUCAAACUCAACCGCGAGAAGCUCAUCAAGAAGAAGCUAUCGGAUGAGACGCUCAUCUACAACUACAAGCGGUCUUGCGACGGCGGUAUUCUGAAGGUCAUGAGCAAGAUGGGCAUCUCGACCCUGGCCAGCUACAAGGGUGCUCAGAUUUUCGAGGCUCUAGGUAUUGACGACAGCGUCGUGGAGCGCUGCUUCCGCGGCACCGCCUCGCGCAUCAAGGGCGUUACCUUCGAGCUGAUUGCCGAGGAUGCAUUCCGCUUCCACGAGCGCGGCUUCCCCUCACGUGAGACCAUCAACCCCAUUGGCCUCCCCGAGUCGGGCGAGUACCACUGGCGCGACGGCGGUGAGGCGCACGUCAACGACCCCGUGUCGAUCGCCAACCUCCAGGAUGCCGUGCGGCAGAAGAACGACAAGUCGUACGAGGCCUACUCGCGCUCGGAGUACGAGCAGAUUAAAAACUGCACGCUCCGUGGCCUGCUCGACUUCAAAUUCGAAGAGUGCACUCCCAUCCCGAUUGAGCAGGUCGAGCCGUGGACCGAGAUCGUCCGCCGCUUCUGCACGGGUGCCAUGUCGUACGGCUCCAUCUCCAUGGAGUCUCACUCGACGCUGGCCAUUGCCAUGAACCGUCUCGGCGGCAAGUCCAACACCGGCGAAGGUGGCGAGGACCCGGAGCGCUCGCAGCGCCUGCCCAACGGCGACACCAUGCGCUCGGCCAUCAAGCAGGUCGCCUCGGGCCGCUUCGGCGUCACGUCGGCCUAUCUGGCCGACUCGGACGAGCUCCAGAUCAAGAUGGCCCAGGGCGCCAAGCCUGGCGAGGGUGGUGAGCUCCCCGGCCACAAGGUGUCCAAGUCGAUCGCCCGUACUCGUCACUCGACCCCUGGUGUCGGCCUGAUCUCUCCCCCGCCGCACCACGACAUCUACUCGAUCGAGGACCUGAAGCAGCUCAUCUACGACCUCAAGUGCUCGAGUCCUCGGUCGCGUGUCUCGGUCAAGCUGGUGUCGGAGACGGGUGUCGGUAUCGUUGCUGCCGGUGUGGCCAAGGCCAAGGCCGACCACAUCCUCAUCUCGGGCCACGACGGCGGUACGGGUGCCUCGCGCUGGACGGGUAUCAAGUACGCCGGUCUCCCGUGGGAGCUUGGUCUUGCUGAGACGCAUCAGACGCUCGUGCUCAACGACUUGCGUGGCCGUGUCGUCGUCCAGACCGAUGGCCAGCUUCGCACGGGUCGCGAUGUUGCCAUCGCCUGUCUGCUCGGCGCGGAGGAAUGGGGCUUCGCGACGACGCCGCUCAUUGCCAUGGGCUGCAUCAUGAUGCGCAAGUGCCACCUCAACACUUGCCCCGUCGGCAUCGCCACCCAGGAUCCUGAGCUUCGCAAGAAGUUCCAGGGCACUCCCGAGCACGUCAUCAACUUUUUCUACUAUGUGGCCAACGAGCUCCGUGCCAUCAUGGCUAAGCUCGGCUUCCGCACGGUCAACGAGAUGGUCGGUCGCGUCGAGAUGCUCAAGGUCCGCGAUGACCUGCGCACGAAGAAGACGCAGAACAUUGAUCUGUCGCUCAUCCUUACCCCCGCCCACAAGCUACGCCCAGGCGUGGCCACCUUCAACGUGCGCAAGCAGGACCACCGCCUCUACGUCCGCCUCGACAACAAGCUCAUCUCCGAGGCAGAGCUCACGCUCGACAAGGGUCUGCCGUCCCGCAUCGAGUGCGAUAUUGUUAACACCGACCGUGCCCUGGGCACCUCGCUCUCGUACCAGAUCUCGAAGCGGUACGGCGAGAAGGGCCUGCCGCCGGACACCGUCCACGUCAACAUCAAGGGCUCUGCCGGUCAGUCCUUCGGUGCCUUCCUGGCCCCUGGUAUCACCCUGGAGCUGGAAGGUGAUGCCAACGACUACGUCGGCAAGGGCCUGUCUGGUGGUCGUAUCAUUAUCUACCCGCCGCGCUCGGCUACCUUCAAGGCCGAAGAGAACAUCCUCAUCGGCAACGUCUGCUUGUACGGCGCCACGAGCGGUACCUGCUUCUUCCGUGGUGUCGCCGCCGAGCGCUUCGCCGUGCGCAACUCGGGCGCCACAGCCGUCGUCGAGGGCGUCGGCGAUCACGGUUGCGAGUACAUGACGGGCGGUCGUGUCGUCGUCCUCGGCAGCACGGGUCGCAACUUCGCAGCCGGCAUGUCUGGUGGUAUCGCCUAUGUACUCGACGUCGACGGCGACUUCCUCUCCAAGCUGAACUCGGAGAUGGUCGAGGCCGGUCCGCUGGAGGAUCCUGAGGAAAUCGCAUUUGUCCGUGGCCUUAUCGAGGAUCACCACCAUUACACGGGCUCCGAGCUGGCCGCUCGGAUCCUCGUUGACUUCAACCGCGCGCUGCGUCGCUUCAUCAAGGUCCUGCCCAUCGACUACAAGCGCGUCCUCCAGGAAGAGGCAGCCAAGAAAGCUGAGGCUAACAAGCUCCCUGCCCCGGCCCCGGCUCCGGCUCCUGCAAAGGAGGAGAAGAAGGAGAAGGGCGGCAAGCUCCUGGAUCUCGAGGACAGCGUGACCGAUGGUGCUGCCGAAAAGAAGAAGGCGCUCGUCUUGGACAAGACGCGCGGUUUCAUGAAGUACCAUCGCCGGUCGGAGAAAUACCGCAAUCCCAAGACGCGCAUCAAGGACUGGGCCGAGCUUUCGUCGCGUCUGGACGAGGAUGAGCUCAAGUAUCAGUCGGCCCGCUGCAUGGACUGCGGUGUUCCCUUCUGCCAGUCGGAGACGGGCUGCCCGAUCUCCAACAUCAUCCCCAAGUGGAACGAGUUGGUCUUUCAGAAUCAGUGGCGCGACGCUCUCAACCGACUGCUGAUGACUAACAACUUCCCCGAGUUCACGGGUCGUGUAUGCCCUGCUCCUUGCGAGGGUGCCUGCGUGCUCGGCAUCAACGAGGAUCCGGUCGGCAUCAAGUCGAUCGAGUGCGCCAUCAUCGACAAGGGUUUCGAGAUGGGCUGGAUCAAGCCCAACCCGCCCAAGGUUCGCACGGGCAAGAAGAUUGCCAUCAUCGGCUCCGGUCCUGCCGGUCUCGCGGCCGCCGACCAGCUCAACAAGUCGGGCCACACGGUGACUGUGUACGAGCGGGCCGACCGCCUCGGUGGUCUGCUCAUGUAUGGCAUCCCCAACAUGAAGCUGGACAAGCGCAUUGUCAAGCGGCGUACCGACCUGAUGGAGGCCGAGGGUGUCAUCUUCAAGACUGGCGUCACGAUCGGCGAGGACAUCACGCUCAAGGACCUCAAGGCCGAGAACGACGCGGUCAUCAUUGCCACGGGCGCCACGGUCGCGCGCGACCUGCCCAUCAAGGGCCGCAACCUGCAGGGUAUCCAUUUCGCCAUGGAGUUCCUGCACAAGAACACCAAGUCGCUGCUCGACUCGGAGCUCGCCGACGGCGCCUACAUCUCGGCCAAGGACAAGCACGUCGUGGUCAUCGGCGGUGGUGACACGGGCAAUGACUGCAUUGGCACGGCGAUGCGGCACGGGGCCAAGUCUGUGGUCAACUUCGAGCUGCUGCCGCAGCCGCCGCCGCAGCGUGCUCGCGACAACCCGUGGCCGCAGUGGCCGCGCAUCUACCGCGUGGACUACGGCCACACGGAGGUUAUACAGCACACGGGCAAGGACCCACGCGAGUACUGCAUCAUGUCGGAAGAGUUUGUUGACGACGGCAACGGCCACGUCAAGGGCAUCAACACGGUGCGCGUCGAGUGGACACGGUCAGCCUCGGGCGGUUGGGAUAUGAAGAAGAUCGAGGGCUCGCAGCAGUUCUUCCCCGCCGACCUCGUCCUGCUGUCCAUGGGCUUCCUCGGCCCCGAGCAGCGUGUGCUCGGCGACGAGAUCGAGAAGGACGCUCGCAAGAACGUCAAGACUCCUCCCGGCAAGUACUGCACCAACGUGCCUGGUAUCUUCGCCGCUGGUGACUGCCGCCGUGGACAGUCGCUCAUUGUCUGGGGCAUCAACGAAGGUCGUCAAUGCGCUCGCGAGGUCGAUCUAUACCUCAUGGGCUGCACUAACCUGCCUGUCACGGGUGGUAUUGUUAAGCGCUCGGCUGAGGAGGUGUUCACGGCGCAGAAGAUGGCUGUUGAGGCUGCUGCUGCUGCUGCUGCUGCUUAA